AUGUCUUUAUUUUUUGAGAACAAGAAAAAUCUCGCCAAGAAAAAAUUGUAUCCAGGAAGGGAUUUGAUGUAAUGAAGACUUAGAACUCCUGAAAAUUUCAAAAUCUUUUCUAUAUCUAAAGGGAAUUCAGUUGAAUAUCCAAAUCACCGAAGAAUACAGUCAAUGAUGAAUCCUAAAUUUAAUCAAGACAUUAUACAAUCAAGGUUAUUUUGCAAAUACAGAAGCACAAAAAGCGAUGCUGAUCAAAAGCCUCGAUAUUCGAGGCCUUCGACACCAAACAAAAUUCCUUAUGAAUUGAUAAGUUUAAAUAAUAAACUAAUUUCAAUUCCGUUCACAGUAGGAAGUUUAAGGCCUCGAAGCGUUAUGAAGGAGCGCCCAAAAACACCAGAUAAUAAUAGUUCUUUUCAAAUUGAAAAACCAACGGUACAAGCUAGACCAAGAAACAUAAUUUUAAAAUACACUCUUGAGUAA